AAAUGUAAACAGAGACAAACGCCCGCCAUUACACUGAGCUACGCUACUCUGCCCUUGUUCUUCUCUGUCUGGACUGAAGCGAUUUGCAAGAUCACCAUUGUGGUGCUAAUAACAAAACAGUAUAUCUGGAAAUAUUAACGGUCAAAAUGAAAGACCCAGGCCGUAGCAGCAACAGCCAAAGCUUCAGGACAAGCGAUAUCAUCCUUAAUGGCCAGCUGAACAGUGAAGAGGAUCCCUUUGCUGAGUACAUGUGGAUGGAGAAUGAAGAAGAAUUCAAUAGACAGAUUGAAGAGGAGUUGUGGGAAGAAGAGUUCAUUGAGAGAUGCUUCCAGGAGAUGCUGGAGGAGGAAGAACAUGAGUGGUUCAUACCAGCACGUGAUCUACCUCAACCCUUCAGUCAACUGCAGGACCAACUCAGUGCACUGGUCAUUGGUGAUGGAUGCAUGUUAAAUGACAUUGUUGUAAACAGCAAUUUGAAUCCCAAUGCAAAAGAAUUUGUUCCUGGGAUGAAGUACUGAUUUCAGACCUGUGAUGAAUGUAACCCAUCUCAUUAUGAGACCUAGUGUCUGUCACCAGUUGCACUUAUAGCUUUGCCAAAGUUUUCCAGAUAGUUUGCAUGCUAGGCAAAUACUAUUACACAGCCUUCAUGAUGCUUUAUUCUUCUUUAGCUGCUGAUCACAAAUAAAAUGGAGGCCACAUUAUGAACUCCGAUUAUUUUUUUACAUAGUAUUACAUCAGUACUAUGUAUUUGCCCAUCUUAAGCAUUGAAAUUUUUUCAGAUAUGAAAAGAAAUUAUAACAUUUAUAACACAAUUAUAACACAAAUUUGAAGGAGUAAUUGUGUAUAUUCCUGAAGUAGUUAGUAUAUGUGAAAGACUAUCCCCAUAUCUAUUUUGUUCUGAGCACAGGAGUAUAUUUUGUUCUGAUGUUACCCAUAUAUAAUGCAACAGUCCUUAAAAACAGUAGUUAUUCUUGAGUGAAAUAUUGAGGCAUGAAACUAUCACUAGCUAAGAUAUGUUGGUUAUAAUUUUGUGCCAUUUAUAACAUGCCAUAAAAAUGAUACCUUAAAGCUACUGUUAAGCAAGUAUGCUUUGCUACUGUUUCUUUUUUGAUAAUCUCCCAUCUUUACUUUUAUAGUUUGUUCUGGUUAUUGCUUUACAGUUUACAGUUUUUUUCUGUGGUUUUGUGACGUUUGACAUUUGUUAAAUUGUUAUUCUGUGUUCCAACUGAGCAUUUGACACUGCCAUGUAGUAUAUUUAAAUGCUUGAAAAAUAUGUAUAUUUUUAAUACAUCUAUAAAUAAAUAUUUGUGGUCCUUUUGAA